AUUACGGUGUUCCGAGGUUUAACUCUGGUUUUAUUAUAUUUUUAUUGGAUUACGUAGCUGUAAAAGUUUGUCGAUGUUAGCGAGAUCAAAAAUUUAAGUGCUUUUCAUUUUUUACCAAUAAACAUUACUUUUCUUUAGAACCGCAUUGUUAUAUAGUGAUUGCAAAAAUGCGAAACGAAAUGGAAAGUUCAACCUCAAAGUUGGAAGAAUCCACUGCGAUAAAAGUUGAAGAGCUUAUUAUAACCGAUGUCUUGGAUUUAAAGGGCGAACCGAUCGAAAAUAAUGCAUACUUUUGUGAAACUAUACCGACGACGACUUCCGGAGAUGAUACGCCGGUUGCGAAUGCUGCAACGGACACCACUGAUGAAGCAACAGAAACGUCUCCUGCUGUAGCAGCUGAUGAAGACGAUAAAGCUGAUAGUUUCUGCAACUCACACGUUUCGGAAGCGGAUCCUCCUACUGGCAGUGGCAGUCAACCGCAGCACAUUUGCGACAUCUGCGGCGCAUCAUACAGGUCACGUGGUGGUUUGUACACUCACAAAAAAAUUCACACAUCCGUUGAGGCACAAGCUUUUAAAUGUGACCAAUGUAGUUCUCGAUUCAAUCGUAAGAAUAGUCUCAAUACUCAUAAAAGGAAAAAGCACUUAGCGUCAAUUUCCAAUUCCGACAAACCACUGUUCAACUGUGACUUAUGCAAAAAAUCUUUCUCGACAAAUGCAACGCUGAAAAAUCACCGUAUUGUAAAACAUACGACGGACAAGAAUUUGAAAUGCAACGUUUGCGGUAGAAAGUACCACUUGUUGAGACAUUUGAAUCGGCACUUGAAAGCGCACAGCUUGGAAAAUUCGUAUAUAUGCGAUAUCUGCGGCGCAUCAUACAAGACAAGUAGUGGUUUACAAUAUCACAAGCAAAUUCACACAUCCGUUGAGCCACAAACUUAUAAAUGUGACCAAUGUAGUUCUCAAUUCAAUUUGAAGGGUAGUCUCAGAUCUCACAAAAGGAAAAAGCACUCACCGUCAAUUUCCAACACCGAUAAACCGCUGUUCAACUGUGACUUAUGCAACAAAUCUUUCAAGGCAAAUGCAACGCUGGCAGAUCACCGUAUUGUCAAACAUACGACGGAUAAGAAUUUCAAAUGCGAAGUUUGCGGUAGAAAGUACCCCUUAUUGAGACGUUUGAAAUGGCACCUGAAAGCGCACAGCUUGGAACAUUCGUAUAAAUGCGAUAUCUGCGGCGCAUCAUACAAGUCAAGUCAAGGUUUACAAUAUCACAAGCAAAUUCACACAUCCGUUGAGCCACAAACUUAUAAAUGUGACCAAUGUAGUUCUCAAUUUAAUUAUAAGGGUAGUCUCAGAUCUCACAAAAGGAAAAAGCACUUAGCGUCAAUUUCCAAUUCCGAUAAACCGCUGUUCAACUGUGACUUAUGUAAAAAAUCUUUCACGACAAAUGCAACGCUGAUAAAUCACCGUAUUGUAAAACAUACGACGGACAAGAAUUUGAAAUGCAACGUUUGCGGUAGAAAGUACCACUUAUUGAGACAUUUGACUCGGCACCUGAAAGCGCACAGCUUGGAAAAUUCGUAUAAAUGCGAUAUCUGCGGCGCAUCAUACAAGACAAGUAGUGGUUUACAAUAUCACAAGCAAAUUCACACAUCCGUUGAGGCACAAGCUUUUAAAUGUGACCAAUGUAGUUCUCGAUUCAAUCGUAAGAAUAGUCUCAAUACUCACAAAUGGAAAAAGCACUCACCGUCAAUUUCCAACACCGAUAAACCGCUGUUCAACUGUGACUUAUGCAAAAAAUCUUUCACGACAAAUGCAACGCUGGCAGAUCACCGUAUUGUAAAACAUACGACGGACAAGAAUUUCAAGUGCAACGUUUGUGGUAGAAAGUACCACUUAUUGAGACAUUUGACUCGGCACCUGAAAGCGCACAGCUUGGAACAUUCGUAUAAAUGCGAUAUCUGCGGCGCAUCAUACAAGUCAAGUCAAGGUUUACAAUAUCACAAGCAAAUUCACACAUCCGUUGAGCCACAAACUUAUAAAUGUGACCAAUGUAGUUCUCAAUUUAAUUAUAAGGGUAGUCUCAGAUCUCACAAAAGGAAAAAGCACUUAGCGUCAAUUUCCAAUUCCGAUAAACCGCUGUUCAACUGUGACUUAUGUAAAAAAUCUUUCACGACAAAUGCAACGCUGAUAAAUCACCGUAUUGUAAAACAUACGACGGACAAGAAUUUGAAAUGCAACGUUUGCGGUAGAAAGUACCACUUAUUGAGACAUUUGACUCGGCACCUGAAAGCGCACAGCUUGGAAAAUUCGUAUAAAUGCGAUAUCUGCGGCGCAUCAUACAAGACAAGUAGUGGUUUACAAUAUCACAAGCAAAUUCACACAUCCGUUGAGUCACAAACUUAUAAAUGUGACCAAUGUAGUUCUCAAUUCAAUUAUAAGGGUAGUCUCAGAUCUCACAAAAGGAAAAAGCACUCACCGUCAAUUUCCAACACCGAUAAACCGCUGUUCAACUGUGAUUUAUGCAAAAAAUCUUUCAAGGGAAAUCGAACGCUGAUAAAUCACCGUAUUGCAAAACAUCCGACGGACAAGAACUUCAAAUGCGACGUUUGCGGUAGGAAGUACUACUUUUUGAAAGAUUUGAAUUGGCACCUGAAAGCGCACUACCCCGAGCCUUUGUAUAAAUGCGAUAUCUGCGGCGAUGGAUAUAAUGAGAAAAGGAAUCUGGCAAAGCAUAUGAAAAAUCACACGGAAAAAAUGUUCGCGUGUGACGUGUGCGGUAAAACUUUCCAUAUAAAACAUUUGCUCAAAAGGCACAUGAUCUUGCACAGCUCGGAACGCAGACACCGGUGUCCGGUUUGUGGCAAAGAUUUUUCCUUUCGAUGUGACCUUGCGCGGCAUUUGCCUAUCCACGGUAAUGAACGGCCGUUUGAAUGCGACAUCUGUGAGGCAUCCUUUAAGACUCCCUGUCACCUGCGGUCCCACCAAAGAUGCCACGUUUCCGACGACCAGAAACACACGUGCGGUAUCUGUGAUCGAAAAUUCAAGUGCAACUAUUCGCUCAUGUACCACCUGAGAACUCACACCGGAGAGCGACCGUUCGAGUGUGGCAUAUGUCACAAAACUUUCAUCCGACGCGCGGCACUUGAUUAUCAUAAAAUCAAAAUGCACAUGGAAGGAACAGGGAAGGAAAAGGAUUUUAAAGGUCCAGAAUUAACCCCAACCCCAGACAACCCCAACCCCAGACAACCCCAAGUCUAA